UAAUAACUCUGCACAAAACGCUGCUGACUGAUUGUGUCGGUCCAGCGAGCUCUAAGUGGGGGCCCUUGAUGAGCAUCGCGGGGCAGCCACGACGAGCUCAGGCUUCGAGGAACCUGGCGACAGUCAACUUGCGCAGCAAUCGGGCAGCGCCCUUCAUUCAAAGACACGAUGGCUUCUGAAUCGAGAUUGUACACCUUCUCGGGUGAGAGCAAGGAGCACCUGCGCAAAUUCCGCCUCACGACUUCGCGUGCCAAAGAGCCCCAAGCAGUCAUUUACCUGAUCGACAAGAACACUCACGAGAUCCGCCAAGACGAGGACAAGGUUGUCUACAAGUCCCUCGACGAGGUGGCUGAUGACCUGCCGGAUCAUGCGCCGCGAUUCGUGCUUCUGAGCUACCCCUUGACCCUGCCAGACGGGCGUAUGUCAGUGCCAUACGUGCUCCUCUACUAUCUUCCAAUCACAUGUAACGCCGAGACGCGAAUGCUGUACGCCGGUGCGAAGGAGCUCAUGCGAAAUACAAGCGAGGUCGGACGGGUCAUUGACGUAGAGUCGACGGAAGACCUGGAGGAUAUCCCCAAGAAGCUGGAGGGGUAAUGUAGCUCCCGA